AUGGCUCCUCGUGUUCGCGGUGGAAGAGGAAGCGGAAGAGGGAAGAGGGGACCGAAGUCUCCGGUGAAGCGACCCACUGUCGUCCCUACUCGACCCACAUCUUCCGGUGUAUCAAGUCGAAGACCAAGGAGCCUUCCGUCGCAGUAUGAGUUCACGCCGGCGAACCCUAAAGAUCCAAAUCAUGGGACUGAGCAUCCGCCGAAUCGUCAGCCUUCACCGCAACUGAGUCUAAGAGACUAUCCACCUCCGCUGCAGCUUUUCCAGUCGGGCGAAGGAUCUCAGCAUGCAGCUGGUGGAUCUCCUCGGGGCUCUAGAACGACUCCGUUUCGAGCAUCUGUCUCCUCUGUUCAUCGUUUAGCAUCCGGAUCUCCCCGUGCCUCUCAGUCUCCAGCUCCAGUUCAGCCUCCAGCGCCGGUUCCUUCUCCAGUGGUUAAUCAACAACAACCACCAAGAGCCUCUCUGUCUGGUCACAGUUCUCAAGCUCAGAACGUUUGA